AUGUUCAUCAGGCUAAUCUCUGCAGCCGGGACAGGGUUCUUCUAUGUCAAGAAGAAAAGCUCCAAGAAAGUCAUGGAGAAGCUGGAGUUCCGCAAGUACGAUCCAAGGGUGAACCGCCAUGUUCUUUUCACAGAGGCCAAGAUGAAAUGA